AUGGUACAAAUUGAUGCAACAAAUUUUCAAUAUACGAGGGAGGCAUCAAACUAUGUUAAAAUUUUAAAUGAUUUGCGCCGUCUUGGUGCUCAAUUUACUAUUAAUCUUCCUACUAUCGUUUUUUGUGGAAAUCAAUCGGUGGGAAAAAGUAGCGUGCUUGAAGCAAUUUCUGGUGUUAAGUUACCUAGGUCCGAUGGAACCUGCACUCGCUGUGUUAUGGAGCUUCGACUUAUUGAAUCAGCUAGGCAUUGGUCAUGCCAAUUUUCAUUGCGAAAAGAAUAUGAUGAAAACGGAAAACGCCUUAGUCAUCCAAGAGAGACGAAAUUUGGUGAAUCAAUAGAUAACCCAGAUGAAGUCGAAAUAAUGGCACGACGUGCUCAAAAAGCCUUGUUAAAUCCUACAGAUAAUAGCGAUGCAUACCUUGAUUGGGAGUUCGAAAAUACAAGUUAUGAUGAGGAUUCUAAAUCAAAUGCUCUCAAAUUUACCAAGAAUGUUGUAUGCAUCGAAAUUAAAGGUCCCGAUGUCCCAAACUUAAGUUUAAUCGAUUUACCAGGAAUUAUACAACAUGUUGAUAGAUCCGAAGAUAGAAGGUUUAUUGGAUUAAUAGAAGAACUCGUAAGAGAUUACAUUAAAAAUGAUAAAUCUAUUAUAAUUGCAACGAUUACAUGUAAGGACGAAGUAGAAAAUCAGCCAAUUGUCACUUAUGCAAAAGAAGCUGACCCAGGAGGGAUUCGCACACUAGGCGUUCUUACCAAACCUGAUCAAAUAGAAGAAGAUACACAUGAAAUAUGGUUAAAGAUUUUGCAAGGUGAAGCUUAUAAACUUGAUCUCGGAUACUACAUCAUAAAAAACCCAACUAAGAAACAGCUUAAUGAUGGUAUUACAUUUGAAGAAGCUCGAGAAGAUGAGAGUAGAUUUUUUGAAAAUGAAGAACCGUGGAAUCGUUUUCAUUUACAAGAAAGGAUUGGAAUUAAAAAUUUACAAAAUAAAUUAUCUAAAUUGUUAAUUAAAGCAAUAAAAAGAGAUCUUCCAAAUAUUCAAAAAACUGUUAAUGAUAAAUUAGAAGAGCAACUUUUAUUAGAUGAUCCGAAGAUGGAAUUAAUCCGCAUGGUACAAACAUGCUUUACGAAUAUUAAAUCAGAUAUUGAUUUAUGGAAUCAACUUAACAAACAAUUCGAACAAUUCAGAGAAGAGUUUUAUAAUUUACGUCCAAUUUUCGUAGUUGGUUGUAUAGUAGAUGAAGCAACUAAGAAAAGUUCACUCGCAAAAUUUGACUUGCUUAAAGAGAAAGGAGAGUAUCCCACAGCUGAUAAUGGAAACGGACCCAGUAGUUCCAGAUCUAAUAAUAGAUCCAAUAAUAUAGAUCAAUUAUAUGAGAUCAAAGGAUCGGACAUAACCGAGAUAAUGAGAAAUGCUCGUGGGAUAUUACUCCCGGGUUUUAUUCCUUAUCCGGCUGUAGAGAUGAUAAUUAAAAAUUGCAAAAAAAAAUGGAAUAUACCUUCCACGAAUUGUUUAAAUGCUGCACACAGAAUAAUGGUAGAAUUAGUCAAUAUGACUAUAGAAAGUACCUUUUUAAGAUUUCCCAAAUUAGUAGUACUUAUGAGAAAUAAGGGACGAGCAUGGCUAGAUGAAUGUAAACAACAAGCGUCAAAUAAUAUUACCCAUUUAUAUCAAAUGGAAAUAACAACCUAUCCAUAUACGCUUGAUGAAAAAUUAAUGAAUGACUUAAAAAUGGAGUAUUUGGAAUCUCUUCGCAAAACAGCACAACAAGAAAUUACGAAUAAAACCCCUACAGAUACAUUAAAUGUCGCAGCAUCAAUUAUGGCAUACUUAAAAAUUGCAAUUAAACGCUACGUUGAUAUUAUCCCUUUAACGAUAAUUUAUUCGUUUAUAAAUCAAUUUAGUGAUCGAAUUAAAGAAAAAUUAAUGGAAGCUUUUGCGAAUAAUGAUGAUGAAACGAUCAAUGAGUUGGCCGAAGAAGAUGAAAAUAUAAAGAAUCAAAGGGAGGAUUUGUUAAAUCGUGAAAAGUAUUUAAAGGAAGUGUUGAACAAGCUUGAUAACUUUGGUGUCGGUGCAUCUUCAGAAAAUUAA